UACACUAUCCAAAUUCAACAAAAUCAACUUACGCUAAUAAUUCCUCAACCAAAUGUCGUACCUCAUUCAGUAGCCACAAGUAAUCAGCAUGCUGCAGCCCAACGAUCUAAAUAUAGUCAAUUAUGGGGUCUUGCAAGACAAGCAACACAGCUUGCAGUGGAGUGUGAUGAUGAUAAGAUAGCCCAAUGGCUAAGAAUAUUUAUCAAUCAAAAGAAGCAGUUUCUCGAAAACAAAAGAUCAUCUGAUAAGGUUAAUGAAAGUGAGGAAGAGGAUAGUUCAACAAUCGCCAACUCACCAGUCAUCAAACAUAGAGGGAGGCCUAAAACCAAGCAAUAUAAAUCUGCUAUAGAGAAUGCACAACAACAACCAUAUACUUGUCGAACCUGUG